AGAGGAGUGUUUGCUCCUUUCUUUUCUCCACUUUGCUCCUACUCUCUCUAAGUCAGGAUGAGUCGCCACUUUAGUUCCAGGUCUGGGUACCGGAGUGGAGGAGGCUUCAGCUCUGGGUCUGCCGGGGUGGUCAGCUUCCAGCGCAGGGCCACUAGCUCCUCUGUGCGCCGUAGUGGAGGAGGUGGCGGGAGAUUUUCAGGCGGAGGAUGUGGCGGUGGGGGUGCUGGUGGCGGCUUCGGAAGUCGAAGUCUUGUUAAUCUUGGUGGCAGUAAAAGUAUCUCCAUCAGUGUGGUAGGAGGAGGUAGACGGAGUGGCUUUGGUGGUGGUUAUGGUGGCAGUGGCUUUGGAGGUGGCAGUUUUGGCUUUGGGGGUGGUUUUGGCAGUGGUGGUUUAGGUGGUGGCUUUGGCAGUGGAGGUGGUUUUGGUGGAGGUGGUUUUGGUGGAGGUGGUUUUGGGGGUGGUUUUGGGCCUGUCUGCCCCCCUGGUGGCAUACAGCAAGUCACCAUCAACCAGAGCCUCCUGCAACCCCUCAAUGUGGAAAUUGACCCUGAGAUCCAAAAAGUAAAGUCUCAAGAAAGGGAGCAAAUCAAGUCACUCAACAACCAAUUUGCCUCCUUCAUUGACAAGGUGAGGUUCCUGGAGCAGCAGAACCAGGUGCUGCAAACAAAAUGGGAGCUGCUGCAGCAGGUGGAUACCUCCACUAGGACCCACAGCUUAGAGCCCUACUUUGAGUCAUAUAUCAAUAAUCUUAGAAAGAGAAUGGACCAACUGACGAGUGACCAAUCUCGGAUGGAUACGGAAUUGAAGAACAUGCAAGACCUGGUGGAAGAUUACCGGAACAAAUAUGAAGAAGAGAUCAACAAACGGACUAAUGCAGAGAAUGAAUUUGUGACCAUCAAAAAGGAUGUGGAUGCUGCUUAUAUGACCAAGGUGGACCUUCAGGCCAAAGUUGACAACUUGCAUCAGGAAAUUGAUUUCCUUACAACGCUCUACCAAGUGGAGCUGUCUCAGAUGCAGACUCAUAUCAGUGACACCAAUGUCGUCCUGUCCAUGGACAACAACCGCUGCCUGGACCUGGACAGCAUCAUUGCCGAAGUCAAAGCCCAGUACGAGGAGAUCGCCCAGAGGAGCAAGGCCGAGGCCGAGGCCCUGUACCACACCAAGUAUGAAGAGCUCCAGGUCACUGUUGGUAAACAUGGGGACAAUUUGAAAAAUUCAAAGAUGGAGAUUUCAGAGCUGAAUCGGAUGAUCCAGAGACUUAGAUCUGAAAUUGACAGUGUCAAGAAACAGAUAUCUGGGCUGCAGCAGUCCAUCAGCGAUGCUGAACAACGUGGUGAGAAUGCCCUCAAAGACGCCCAGGGCAAGCUGAAUGAGCUGGAGGACGCCCUGCAGAAAGCCAAGGAGGACAUGGCCCGCCUGCUGCGUGACUACCAGGAGCUGAUGAACACCAAGCUGGCCUUGGACGUGGAGAUUGCCACCUACAGGACCCUCCUGGAAGGAGAGGAAAGCAGGAUGUCAGGAGAGUGUGCCGCCAACGUGAGUGUGUCUGUGAGCACCAGCCAUUCCAGCAUCAGUGGAGGUGGUGGCCGAGGAGGCGGGGGUUACCGCGGCGGCGGCGGGGGUAGCUACGGCUCCGGAGGUGGCAGCUACGGCUCCGGAGGUGGCGGCGGCAGCUAUGGCUCCGGAGGUGGCAGCUACGGCUCCGGAGGUGGCGGCGGCGGCAGCUAUGGCGGCGCCGGAGGCAGCAGUGGGGGACACAAAGGAGGUUCUGGAGGGGGCGGCGGCAGCUCUGGCGGCAGGGGUGCUGGCGGCGGAGGCAGCCGGGACUCGACUGGAGGCCACGGAUCCAGCUCUGGGGGCACCAAGAGCUCUGGUGGCAGUUCCAGCGUGAAGUUUAUUUCCACCAGCUAUUCCCGAGGGACCAGAUAAAGAGGCACUCUCUAUACUGCUAGCUCUCUCUCUCCGUCACUCCCAGAUAUGCUUGGCAAGACCAAGGUCAAUUGUCCCCGCCUUAUUGAAGAAAAAAGCUAUGAUUAGUUACAUUGGUUGAUCAUACUUCCCCAGCUCUUUCCUUUCUGCUCUGCUUCCCAAAGAAAAUUUUAAGUCAGUGGCAAGCUCAGUCUCUGGCUAUGACCCUGCUUUGUGCUUUGCCUCAGAAACAGUUCAGCCAUCACUACUACACACAUUACAUUUCAAAGCACCUCCUAAGUCCGCUGGAGGAGGGCUGGUUAGACCCACCCCUUCUUUGUCAUGCACGGAGCACACUUGCUCUGGACUCCUUGCUAUCCUAUGUCUUGCAGCAAGCGCUGUGCUGCUUUGGUUUUGUACAUACGGUGUAAGCAAGUUGACUGUCUUUUGAGGAGAGAUCUUAAACUCCCAUUUCCUUGUGUGGCUGCAAUAAACUGCAUUUGAAAUUCUC